GUUGCGUAGCAACAGUGGCGUCAAAGUUCAACAUGGCGUUCAUAACAACACAAAGUUGCAGAACGCCGAACUUUAAGACUCCCUGGCGACUCGAGCAAUAACUGACGAUGUUAAAAUAUUGUGAAGCAUACAGAAACAUGCGUGAAUCGUUAUGUCGAGACCACACGAGAGCCGAUUAUGGGAAUACAGAUGUAGUUUUGCCCCAUAGUAAACGGGCUUUACAGAUUACUAGCUUAACCUGUGAUGGAUUUCCAGCGGAAAACGACACGAAAACGCGUAGUUUAACGAAAGAUGGAGUUCUUAAGAUUAAGAGCGAAGAAGGGGAGAUUACGGAUAAACAGUAUCGUCGACAGUCAGUUAAUUUCGAACAAGAAUUCACGUUUACUCCACGGCUUAACGUGGCUAGCGUUCGCAUGGCCAAAGGACGCACCGGUAGAGCUCGUGAAUCAAUCGAACGACGAGCAAACGCGUUAGUUGCUGAGGUCCAAAUGAAUUUUACCUUUAAACCAAAAGUGAGCAGCCGAAGUGAGAAAAUCGCACAGAGCUUAAAAACAUCUUUUCUCGAACGACAGCUUAUCCAUGUCGAGAAACAGAAAAAGAUGCUAGACAAUCACGAAGUAAUGCCAUUAUCUCAAGCAAAUCAGGGACGAUUAAUUCCAGUUAUCAAAAGUCACAAACAGAAAAAAGCAACAAAUCUGGAGCAAAAUGAGACGGAGAGACAAAAUGAAAGUGAAGCAGACGAAAUAAAAAAGACAGAGAUAACAAGAUCUGCUCCAGACUGCUUGACAAAUGACUAUUCUCAAAGACGCAAUAUGAAACUCCACAACACUCACCAAACUUCAACUUCACAACAGAAAGACAAUUCGUUUAUAAAAAACUCACCAUAUCACUCAGAGGAACAAAACAAACUGUCGCGUCGAGCUCACAAAAGAUUAAAAACUCACCCUGGAGCGAACAGUAGUAAAGACAGUCUGCUACCAGAUGAUAUCAUAAAGCCAAGUAAAAUGAUCUUAAAACCCAAAGAUGGUCAUCGAAAAGCAUCGACUGUUUCAGGUCAAGUAACAAGAGGAGCACAAUAUCAUAAUAUGGCUAUGUUUAAAAAGUUACGAGAGACUAAACAAAUAGCUGAGGCUGCAAUGAAGAAUCAAAAGGUGUUUGUCUGCCACGGACCUUAUCCAGUAGUUCGCGCUAGUCUACGCAAGAGAGGUUGGGUCGAGAAACACUUCAAAGGCUGUCCGGCAGUCGUAACUAAUAGCAACAAGAAAUCGCAAGAGAAAUCCAACUCUAGUGAUAAUGAAGAUGACGAUGAUACUGAUGAUAUAGAAAAGGGUUGUGAGAGGAAUAGUGGUGAUAAAGAGGACAGUGAUGGUUAUAUGGGUUCAGAUAAUGCCGUUUGGAGUGCAGGAUAUGAGAGUGAGGAUUGUGAAUAUAGUUUGUUGUCACGAUUCUGUCGCAAUGCAACUGCAACGUUCUUUUGGACAUGCAAACGAGACGACAUCGACUUUAAAUAUCUAAGAAAGGAACAGAUUGCUAACCACUUUUCAAGGGCAUAUUCCUUCACAACUAAGGUUGGUUUGUGCACGCACCUACGAAAUUUAGCUUGGUUUGAAGAUGCAAGCUCGGAUGAUUUCUUUCCACGUUGUCACCGCCUUGGUUCUGAUGAUGAAAAGGAGGCUUUUAUUGAGGAUUACCGCAUCACAUCAGCCUGCAACAUUUUGAAGUUACUAAUCGAGCAUUCCAAAGACCAAUCACCAACGAGCAUCCAGUCAAGCGCCAAAACGAAAUCGUCGAUAAACCUCAAGGGAAAGAUUGGUUCAGCAAAUCAGCGAUCGUCAUCUUGUUCAGUAAACACACAACGAUCUCGAUCAAGUAGUUUAAGUUCAAGCGAGCGGCGGUCUCUGAUGAAACAGGUGCCGCCACGUGCUAUCUUGCUUGCCCUGCGGGCGUGCAGGCAAUUUAUCGUGUGUAGGAACAACGAGGACAUUGAUGGUCAAUAUGAGAAUGCUAUGUUGACAGAAGAAGAUUGGGACAGUCUGAUUGGUUAUUACUACAAGAUAAUUCAUAAGGGCAGCACAAUAGAGGGAGGCGAGCAAUACGUUGAACGAAGUGAAGAAAUGUUGAAAGAGAUGCGAGAAUUAUUACCUCAGUUGGACCUCGACGGAGUGCGCAACGUAUGGAUUGUGAAACCUGGCGCCAAGUCACGUGGACGCGGUAUAAUGUGCAUGGACAUGUUGGAAGAUAUUCUCAAACUUGUUAGCAGUACAGUUAAGAAAGAAAAUCGAUGGAUUGUGCAGAAAUAUAUAGAACGUCCGCUGUUAAUAUACAACACAAAGUUCGAUAUUAGACAAUGGUUUCUUGUCACUGACUGGAAUCCACUGACGCUGUGGUUUUACAAAGAUUGUUAUUUAAGAUUUUGUAGUCAAGAAUUCACCUUGGAUAAUUUUGAACCAUGUAUCCAUUUAGCAAACAAUUCCAUACAGAAACAUUAUCAAAAUGGCGUACGUGACGAACGAUUACCUGAUAACAACAUGUGGAGUAGUGACAAUUUUCGAGAUUAUCUCAGGAAAAGAGGUAAUGGAAAAUUAUGGGAGGAAGUGAUAUAUCCAGGCAUGCGUGAAGCAAUCGUUUAUACCUUGGAAUGUUGUCAACUUAGUUUAGAGGCAAGAAAGAAUUCAUUUGAGUUAUACGGGGCUGAUUUUAUGUUGACAGAAGAUUACAAGCCUUGGCUGAUUGAGAUUAACUCAAGUCCUGCGAUGGGUGCUAGUACAGCAAUAACAAGAAAACUCUGCGCUCAUGUUAUCGAGGACACUAUGAAAGUGGUUUUGGACAGAAAAGAAGACAAAACCUGUGACACAGGAAAAUUUGAAUUGGCCUUUAAACAGCCCUAUGUUGACGCACCACCAUACAUUGGAAUAAAUUUAGCUGUGAAUGGUAAAGCAAUAUUCUCACCGCAUCUUUCAUUCCGGCGGCAACCAAGUGCAAAUCGUAUUGAAAAACUGUCACGGCCUAGAGAAAAAUAUCCAGCGAAGCCUAACGAUGAUACGUCCACGACUAAGUCCGCGCAUGACGCGACGAAAUCCGAGAUCGACACGACAAAUUGUGAGCAUACGACACAAUCCGAGACCAUUACGACGAAAACGAAACAAAACACGAAAGAAAACCGAAACGACGACAUGAAAGAAGAUAACAAAGCUAAAGACACGACAAUUUUAAAAUUGAAGGAAAACAAUCUUACUCUAAAUUGUGAUGAGAAAUCAGGAAAAUCCGACUCAUUGCUAAACAACAUAAAGCAAUCACGCAAUCAUGUUAUGAAUACGUAUUUGAACGAGCAGCCAAGACGUUGGAAGUCCGUAAAACUUCUGGAUUCUGAGAAAAGUUCUGAGACUGGAAAAUUGACCCAACUACGGACCUUCAACAUGGAUCCAAAUAUUAAACCUGCUGGCAAAAAGACCUUUCAAAAUAAGUUCGUUAAAACGAAAAACAAGGGCAAAGCUGCCAAAAAGAUGAAAAAGUGGGGAGGGGAACACUCGGAUAAUGGUUUGGACCCAGUGGACAAAAAUAUCCCCCGCGUUAACAAUGAGGGUCAUGUUAAAAGAAAAGGUGAUCACAUAGACAAUAAUAAAAUACCACCAGCAAGGUUGAUAUCAAUACCGGACGUAGGUACCCCUAGGACAAUACUCCGGUAUACAGAUAAGCGGUAUGGACAGGGACAGACCGUGGCUAUAGAUAUGGGGCCUGAGACCAUGCUACGAAAAAAUGCAGAGACUGUAACUAGUUGAAAGGUAGUAUAUGACCCGAAGGGAACACAGGGUGGUGGUUGAAUACGAGAUUAUAGAUGUGAUCUUUUGAAGAUGUAAAAUCCUUAGAAGUGAAAUGUUCGUUACGAGAGCUAAAGACAAUUUAUCGAUGACUAAAUCUGCAAAUUACCACCACUCCAGAUUCAUAGGCAAUAUCUAUAUUGCGUGCGAUGGACUGUGAAGAGAACGUAUUAAAUACAAAUGACUUCAAAAAUACUGUUGUGAAUUUAGAUUUUUUAAUUGCAGUUUAUUGUUUAGACCAAUGCAUAAACUUUCUUAAAAUCACGUCUCGAAAAACCUUUUUAGAAACAGUUUCUCCAUUGGUGGUGUGUGACCUAGGCCACCUAGAUUUGUAGUCAUACAAAUGGCAAAGGAGUUCUCACGAUUGCAUGCAAGGCAGUGUAUUUAUUCACGGCAUCACAGAGUUCAAAGUUUGACACCGAAAAAAAAACAACAAAAUUUUAAAAACGUCCAAGUUUUGAAUUUGAAUG